GUCUUCCCUCGGAGGAAAUAGAAACGUGCGGUUAGAGGAGUGCAUCCCCUGCACGGUGCUGAGGGGCACUCGGAGACCCCACAUUCGCUUUCUGACAACAGCGCUCGGCAACUGAUUUUGGAAGGGCGAAGUUACUCGGGGGCAUCAGCUCCCAGCGUCGGCCGUGAGGUCACGCUUCGGACAUUUCGAUCCCUAGAAUAAAAAUAAAUAAGCGCCAGGUUGCAGGGGGAGGUGAAAUAAAAUAAGUCAAUAAAAAAGAAAAGGAGUAGAAAGAAGGAAGGGAAAAAAGGAAGAAAGAGAGAAAAGGAGGGAAGAAAGAAAGAAGGGAAGAAAAAGAAGGAAGAAAGAGAGAAAGAAGGGAAGAAAGAGAGAAAGCAACAGCACGAAAUAGGAGAGAACUGAAGGAGUGGGACGGGAGAACGUCUUUGCUUUGCCUCUGCCUCAUAAAAAUGCCACUCGUUCGCAAAAGAAGCAGAGAAAAUCCCUUCUCCCGCCCAGAGCAUUGCCGGACCGCGAACUCGUCCCCAAAACGGGGCUGCUGGGAGAUGAGACGCGGCGCUGGGGGCUCUCUGAGCCCGCAGCCCCGUCGUGUUUGCGAGCGCUCAUCCUUCGGGGUGAUAACACGACGGACAGUUAACUUUCUUGUUGCUUUACAUGUAUAUAUAUAUAUACACACGCAUAAUUGUUUGUUUGCCUUUUCCUUCGCAACUGGGUACAAACCAGCAGUGACAUGAAUAAUAAAAGCCCACACGAGUGUCCCUGAGCGCGGCACCGCGUUUAUCCCGACGGAUCUGUCUUCGCGACCGUAUUAUGUUACGCGGUUCCUCGGGACGAUGUAAAACACCCGAGCGGUUUCCCCCCCCCCCCCCUUCACGGAUCUAAAGGAGUGUGAACGGAUGGAUGAAUAGAAAAACAAAUAAGCAAGGAGAUUACGGCCUCGGGAUUAAUCGUAAAGCAAGUUGAACUUUUUUCUUUCGAGGGUUAUUUUGCUUCGCCCGCUUUUCCCUGGCGGUCCCCUCCCCUCUUCUCUGCAGCUCCCGGAGCCGCGGGGGCUCCACGGGACUCUGCACGGCGCUGAACGCGCUCCGGGUGCGGGGUGAGACGGGCCGGGCCGGGCGAGGAGGGACGGGGGAAGGCAGUGAGUCUGGAAAGGAAAGUGGGAACGGGGAGGGGUGCUGGGGAGGAGGGCAGCAGGGUGGGCACCUCACAGGUAGGCGCCUCCAGGGUGGACAGAAGAACAACUUUGCGACCCCUUGAAUUCUCCUGGAGGGAGCGGAUCGCUCUCUCCAUCCGUCCUCCUCGCUUUAUUAUCAUUAUGAUUAUUUUAAGGCAGGGGGGCUGCUUCUUUUUACGUUUCUCUUCCUCGGAGAGCCCGGACCCGCGGGGAAACGCGGAGUUGCAGCAGCGCAGCGCCCCGAGGAGUGAGGGUCUCCCCUCCUCCAUCCCCAUCCGUUUUUACUGCGUGCAGCGCUGCGCGCAGCUCCGCGGAAAUAGCGCUCCUCCGGGGCCGGCCGCGCGGAGGGGACCCCGGGGAGAUGCUCCGAGGAGAGGAGCGGGGCGGGAGAGGGAGACGGAAUCACACGUUUGUGGGCUGCGAGCCCCGGGCUGCUGCCUGCAGGAGAAGCGGCUCGAGAAGUUGUUCCUUCCCAGCCAGCAACUUUCUCCCCGCGUGCGCAUGCCCGAAGUCUGGUGGGAGCCCGGGAUCUUUUAACUGCUGCCAGCGGUGGAGCACAGAUCGGGAUUAGAUCUUUUCCUCCCCUGUUCCCAAGAUCCUCCUCCUAAGUGGCCACCAUGGGAAGUAAGACUCUGCCGGCCCCAGUGCCUAUCCAUCCUUCCCUCCAGCUUACCAACUACUCCUUCUUGCAAGCAUUCAACGGGCUGCCUGCUGUGCCUUCUGACCACCUUUCCAACCUCUAUGGCUUCAGCGCCCUGCACGCCGUACACCUGCACCAGUGGACUUUGGGGUACCCGGCCAUGCAUCUGCCCCGUUCCUCCUUCUCCAAAGUGCCCAGCGUGUCGAGCCUGGUGGAUGCACGGUUCCAGCUGCCCACCUUCCCACUCUUCCCACAUGUCAUCCAGCCCAAGCAAGAGGCUGCUAACAUGACCCUCAAAGCCAAACCCCGCUUUGAUUUUGCCAACCUCGCAGUGGCUGCCACGCAAGAGGACCACUCUAAAUUGGGACAGGUGGACAGCCAGGGCUCCCCGCCAGGGCUGGGGUCUUUGCUUGAGGUGACUAAACUCUCUCCAGAGAAGAAACCCACCCGGGGAAGGUUACCAUCCAAAACCAAGAAGGAGUUUGUGUGUAAAUUCUGUGGCAGGCACUUCACCAAGUCGUACAACCUUUUGAUCCAUGAAAGAACCCACACUGAUGAACGGCCCUACACAUGCGACAUAUGCCACAAGGCCUUCAGAAGACAGGAUCACCUGAGAGACCACAGAUAUAUCCAUUCUAAAGAAAAGCCUUUUAAGUGUCAAGAAUGUGGGAAAGGAUUUUGCCAGUCCAGAACUCUAGCUGUCCACAAGACACUGCACACGCAAGUAAAGGAACUGAAACCUGCCAAACUUAAGUGCUGAAUCUCCGACUUCUAUGAACUUUUCCUGCCCUUCAGAUUUUACACCAGAACCAGAACAGAAACAAAACUGUCAGGAUGGGAGCACAGAACUUUGCGUUUUGAUUUUUUUGUUUGUUUGUUUGUACUUUAGAAAGAGCGAAAUCUCCCCGAGAAACUCACUUCUUAAAUCAUGGAUGGAAAGAUUACUUGGCAUUUAAAGCAUACAUGAAUGACACAGAAAGUGCUAGAUGUGUGGCUUAGACAAACUUUAUGCCAAAAGGUGGUGCUCACGUGUUGGACAGAAAUCUCCUUAAAAACCAAACAAAAACCCACAAAACCCACAAAAAACCCCCCACAAAAUAUCCCAGCAGAUCCCCCCUCCCGUCCCUUCCCAACUCGUAGCUUCCAAAAGUAUUACUUAAAUAAAUAAAAAAAAGAACAAACUCUUAUUUUAUACUUUUUUUUUUUUUUUUGACUGUAUAAAGCUUAUUAUUUUUACACUUCAGGAAAUACAGAGAAUUCCAGAAGACGGUUAAGAACUGCAGUGUCGGUUUCUCAUCACAGCACCAACAGGACAAGGAGAAGGGCAACUCGAAAAUCUUAUAUUUGUCUUCUUGAAAGAAGAAAAAUAACGUUUGGAAAUGACCUUAAAUCUCUCGAGUGAGGAGUCCUACAAUGCGCUGGAAAAUGAAUCCAGAUCUUAGACCUGAGGGUCCCCGGUGUCGGGACAAAUCAGUGUCCUUGGGACACGGAGAUCUUUCUUUUUGCCUUGUGGUCUAAGCAUGCUGCGAGGAGGUUUGUCACUUGUGGACUUAUUUAACAAUGAAAAAUAAAAGCAAAUGAAAGAAAGGCGGCAAUACAUCAAACUGACGGUGUGCACAACGUGAUCUGCGUGGUACUUCGUGCGUCCUGAUGAGAAAGAACAAAUCUCAACCUGAGAGCGUAUUUUUCUAAAUGCUGGCUUUCUGAACAGUGUAUUCAAAUUAAGAGACAUUCCAGUAAGUUUUGUUUAUUAAAAGAAAAGAAAAAAAAAAAACAAAAACAAGUUGUAUGGCUGUUUGGCACUUUAUGCUGAUUAUUGGUAAUUGACAUUUAUCACUGGAUUGUGUGUGGUCUUUUUUUUUUUUUUAAGUAUUAAAAUAAAUGGUUAUUUUACAGGCAAGCCUG